GUGGUAGCAGAAGCUGAGCUAGCAGGCUGGAGCAGGCCGCCAGCAUGCAGAGAGUGCAAUGCAGGCAAUCUCGAGGCUUUUGGCAGGUGCAGCUCGACAGAUGGCUGUAGACUGCGGCGUCGUCCUGGCCCCAAGAGCGCAACUGAGCGUCUUCAGCAGCAGACACUGCUCUAUCAAAUCUUGUAGCGAUCGCUUUUGUCAUUCAGUCAGCAUUCGGAGGACGCUGUCCCCCUUCUCAAGAGGACGUUUCAAUCUGUUGAAAAGUUCCACCCACAAUCCUCUUGAUUGCAGCACUUUUCAGCAAAGCCCCCGGCUAUUUGCGAGCUUAGAGCCAACUUCAAGUGGCUAUUCGACCUUCAGCGAUCCGAUGGGUGAGCCUUUUGAGGCGCCGUCAGACAAGAUGAAGGAGGAAGACGCAACGCCGGCCGAGUCUGCUUUUCUGCAGGGGCUGAUGCCAUCUGCCGAGAUUGGCGCUCAGCGCUUUCUGAAGAAGCACCCCGAGCAUGAUGGGAGGGGUGUCAUCGUGGCAAUCUUUGAUUCUGGAGUUGACCCAGGAGCGGCUGGCCUGACAGUGACCUCUGAGGGCAAACCCAAGGUUAUCGAUGUUGUUGACUGCACUGGAAGUGGGGACGUAGACACCAGCAAGGUGGUCAAAGCAGAUGCAGACGGCAUGAUUGAAGGAGGUUCCGGGAGGCAGCUGCGCGUCAAUCCAGAGUGGAAGAACCCCUCUGGCGAGUGGCACGUUGGUGUCAAGCACCUCUUUGAGCUUUUCACCAAGGGCCUUACGGAGCGUGUCAAAAAAGAGCGCCGCAAGAGCUGGGACGCGAAGCACCGGCAGAGCGCCACCGAGGAGCUCCGACGGCUUUCAGCGUUCGAUGCGAAGAAUCCGAAGCCGGCCACCGACAAGCUCAAAAAGGAGCGGGAGGACCUGCAGGCACGUGUGGACCUCCUCAAGAAGCUAGCCGAGGACUAUGACGACCGAGGGCCAAUUGUCGACUGUGUUGUGUGGCGCGACGACAAGGACACGUGGCGAGCUGCCAUUGACACGACGGACCUCGAAGAGGAGGGCAGCUCCGUCGGGAAGCUCGCGGACUUCGUUCCGCUGACCAACUUCCGGCUAGAGCGGAAGUACGGCACCUUCAGCAAGGUCGACUCGUGCAACUUCGCAGCAAACAUCUACGACGACGGGAACGUCCUCAGUCUAGUUACGGACUCUAGCCCGCACGGUACCCACGUUGCAGGAAUCACGGCGGCCUGCCAUCCAGAGGAGCCCGACCUGAACGGCGUGGCCCCCGGGGCUCAGAUCGUGUCGUGCAAGAUCGGGGAUACGCGGCUGGGGAGCAUGGAGACUGGAACGGGCCUCACGCGCGCGCUGAUCGCCGUCAUUGAGAACAAGUGCGACCUCAUCAAUAUGAGCUACGGCGAGCCCACGAGCACGCCCGACGUCGGCCGCUUCGUCUCCCUGGCCAACGAGAUCGUGCACAAGCAUGGCGUCAUCUUCGUCAGCAGCGCUGGCAACGACGGGCCCGCGCUGUCCACUGUCGGUGCGCCAGGUGGCACCUCCUCCGCAAUCAUCGGGAUCGGGGCGUACGUGUCGCCCGCCAUGGCUGCGAGCGCACACUCGCUCGUGAGCCCGCCAUCCGAGGGGCUGCAGUACACAUGGUCAAGUCGUGGCCCGACCCCUGACGGCGAUCUCGGCGUGGGGCUGAGCGCACCUGGGGGCGCGGUGGCUCCGGUUCCGGCCUGGACGCUGCAGAAGCGGCAGCUCAUGAACGGAACGUCCAUGUCGUCGCCGUGCGCAUGCGGGGGGAUCGCGCUCGUGCUGAGCGCUUUGAAGGCCCAGGGCCUUUCUUCGCGGCCUAAUUUGGUGCGAACGGCCCUGGAAAACAGCGCGGCGUCAUUGGGCACUUCUCCCCACGACGCGCUGACCCACGGCCGAGGCCUGCUCCAAGUUGACAAGGCUGUCAAGUACUUGGAAAAAUGCGCGAACUUGCCUGACGUGCGCUACGUCGUGGAGGUCUCGCGCACCAGCAGCUCCGCCCCCGCAACACGUGGCGUCUACCUGCGUGACCUGCCCGACCCGAUGAGCCCCGUCGAGUUCCGCGUGAUAGUCUCGCCCCACUUUCACGAAGACGCGGACAAUCUGGACGUCCGAGCCGCUUUCGAGGAGCGCAUCAAGCUGGACAGCACGGCGCCCGACUGGGUCCAAGCGCCCGAAAACGUGCUCCUGCCGCACAACGGCCGCAACUUCUGUAUACGCGUUGAUCCGAGCGGCCUGCCACAGGGCCUCCACUUCGCAGAGGUGACCGGCACUGACAUGAGCCGGCCGUGGCGGGGCCCCGUUUUCCGCAUCCCCGUCACUGUCAUUAAGCCAACCGUGCUGCCACAGGGGGCAGCGCAGGUGGCUACUUUCAACGGCCUCAAGUUUUUGCCAGGUGACAUCAAGCGACACUUUAUCGCGGUGCCAACGGGUGCCACGUGGGCGGAGCUCACGAUGCGCUCGGGGGACCUGGACACACCACGUCAGCUAGUGCUGCACACGCUGCAGUUGCUGCCCCAGGAGCGGCACACGAGCCACGAGCUGCGCACGUACCUGACGUUCAAUUCGCACUCCACCAAGCAAGUCGCGAUCGAGGUGCAAGAAUCGAAGACGCUGGAGGUAACGCUCGCGCACUUCUGGUCCAGCGCAAGCGGCACCGAGCAGCCCUGCAACAUAGACCUCGAGGUUGAGUUCCACGGCCUCAAGGCCAGCAGCGGCGCCAUUCAUUUAGACGGAGCCACCGGCACGGUCCGUGUCAACGUCAGGUCCGCUUUCGGGACGGAGCGGCUUGCACCCAACGGCGUGCUCAAUCGUUUGCAAAUACCUCUAGCGCCGACUGAAGCCAAGAUCGAGGCGCUCUCCCCCAAACGCGACGAGCUGCCAGAUGGGCGCCAGAUCCACGCACUCCACCUGACCUACAAGUUUACAGUUAGCGAAGCCGGCAAGUACACGCCCCGACUGCCAGUCCUCAACAACCGGGUGUACGACAGCGAGCUGGAGUCGCAGCUCUACAUGGUUCACGACGCCAAUAAGAAGCUGCUGGCCGUUGGUGACGUGUACCCAAAAGAGGUUAAGCUAACCAAGGGCGAACACACCAUCCGGUACAGGAUACGGCACGACAACGUUGGGUACCUAGAGAAGCUGAAGGGAUUGGUCUUGCGGCUUGAAAGGACGCUCGAAGACAAAGCGUCCCUCAAGCUGACGACCCACUCAUCCCUAGAUGGCGUCAUCACGAACACGAAGAAGCUGACGUCAGCGACCAUGCUAUCCGGGGAGAUGCGCUCCGUCUUCUUUGCCCCCCCUCCCGCUGACAAACUCCCCAAGGACGCUGCUCCCGGGACCUUGCUCCGCGGCCGGGCCACCUUCGGCAAGCUCUCGUCUUCCAAUGGGGACAACGGCGCGGCUUGCCCCGCAGCUUCCCAGCUCGUCUACAUUGUGCCGCCAGCUGUCAAGGAGGACAAGGACAAGAAGGGCAAGGACGAUGCCAAGAAGACGGCCACUGAGAAGAUGCAAGAGGAGUUGCGUGACGUCAAGCUGAAGGUGCUGACGGGGCUGCCAACGUCGACGGAUGAGGAGCGCGCGGAGUUUGAGCAGCUGGCCAAGGACCUUAAGGCGGAAUACCCGAGCCACGUGCCCUUGUUUGUGGAGCUGCUCCACAAGGUGGACGGAACCAAGGAGAAGCGGCGCGCAGUUCUGCCUGAGGUUGUUGCGGCGGCUGACAAGGUGAUCAGCCUCAUUGACACCAAGGUGCUGGCGGACUGGUUCGCGCAGAAGAGCGAGCCCGAGGGAGAAGACGCUGCCAAGUUGAAGAAAGAGCACGAGAGUAAUCGCGACAUCUUGGUGGACGCUUUAACUAGAAAGGGGCUCGCGCUGGCGGAGCUGGAGGAACCCGAGAAGGACGAGGCUGCCUCCAAGAAGAAGAAAGCCAAGCCGUCCGAGCAAUCGGUGCACGGACCUACCAAAUUUGAGGACAAGACGCCCGAAGCGUCCGAAUCAAUACCUGCGCUGUCCAAUACGCAAACGGACACGACAGCUGCGUCCGCUGAAGUCGAGGGGCUCUCGAAGACGUCGAAAAAGCCGGCCAAGGAGGCCGAGGCGAAAAUGGAAGUGGGGAGCGGAACCGGAACGCAAGCGGAAGCCGAUGCGUUCGAGGAGAACUUCCGCGAGCUGCGGAAAUGGGUGGACACGAGUUUGGCCAAGCACGGCAUGCUGGUGUACAAGCGCGAGAAGCGCGCGGGGCGGCUGGGCCACGCACUCAAGGCCCUGAACAAGGCGAUUGAUGACGACAGCAAGGCCACCGAGCGGUCAGCCUACGAGGCCCGGGCGGAGCUGUACGACCUUCUGGGAUGGCCGCAAUGGGCGAACUACGAGAGAAGCUGGCUCAGGAUACGGUUUCCGGGCAGUUACCCGCUGUUCUAAAAACGGAACGCCUCAAUGAGCCUCUGCGGGGGGUACGGGCCGCCUGAAAAGUGGAGACGAGCUCUCCAGUCUCUUUCGUCUUUUAUUGUGCAAGCAACUAUGUUGAUAAAAGUAUCGGCGCUUGUUCAAGC